AUGUCGCGUAAUAUCAUAGAAAAGUUAACGCCAAUAUUAAGAAAUAAAUGGUAUGAUUACGCGGCUAAUAGAAAGUACGAAGACACUCCCGUAUUGAAGCUCUUAUCUAUGUUCAUGAAUGAAGAGGCUGACAAGUGUAGCGCGUACGCACAGCCGGAGCGUGUUAGUGAUAACGCCAUUGAUGUACGACGACGGCGCAGAGUUGAGCGCACGUUCGUCGAAUGCAACAUGAAACAUCACAAACUGUUGCACAAAGAGCGUGAUGACAAAACGACACACAACAGACCGCCGCACGCGCCGCCAUCAAUGACGCCCGUUACCGCACACGAAUCCGUGACGUCAGCGCGCGAGACACAAGUGACUUCGCCUCGGAAUCGCCGCGCGUACUUGAAGAUAGUUCCUGUGACGUUACGCGGACCACGUACGAGUAUAGACACAUACGCCUUGUUAGACGAUGGGAGUACAGUCACCUUGUUAGACGCGACAGUGGCAGACAUCCUAGGUGCAGAUGGGCCAGCUAGUCCUAUGCAAAUACAAGGCCUAGGUACAGAAGUCAAGCAUGAGCAAAGCCGCACUGUUAGUCUCUACAUACAAGGCAAGUACCAUAGCGUCCAGCAGAAGAUAGAGGCAGCGCGCACCGUAAACAGAUGCUUCAUACUAAAAUCUCCAUCUAUCGAAGAGGUCAAUGCCUUUGAUAUGUAG